GCCGCUUUAAAAACAAGUGUGGGCCCGUGAGCGGUGCCUGCGCGAUGAGGCGCUUUUCUCUUAAAUGUCUAAGUUGUAGGAAAAGAUGACUCGCCCAACAGUCUCUAGAUGCAUUUCCUCUUGUGUAGAACUCAAGUUACGUCGCUUCGCCGUCCGAUAGUUAUGGAGGACGGCUAGUGCAACAGCCCCUCCGCCGUUUCUCCCAACAUCCGCCUUUUGAGUUUCGUUUUGCUUGGCUUCCGUCGCUGUGGGCCGUCUGCGGCGGCAUUUUAGCCCGGCGUUAAGUUUUUCAGCAUGACGUUUCAGUGGGACGACUUCGCCAGGGAGUACUACUGGGUCAUUCUUCUAGCGAUAUUUGCUGUAAUGGCACUAGCUGCCAUAGCGAUUUGGGCAAUACUUCGAUGCAGAUAUCCUCGACACGAGUACCUGGCACUCGACAACGAAAGCAGCUUCAUCUUAGAUCGGCUUGAACUAAGCCGGAAACUACGUGGUGAUAUCGAUCGCAAUGAGGCCUUGAUCAAUUGCCAGUACUAUCUUCGGGGCUCAACAAGGUACUUCCUUCGUUACCAGCUCUGCAACAUAGGCAGCCGCAUGGACCGGCACUGGUUCGUGGUGCGGGAUAGUGCGACGCGCACCGAGCGCCUUCUGACGGUGACAGCACUUCCAGAUGCGUGUCCACUGCGCCACUCGCCCUGCCAGGUCCGGCCGGGUCUUCAGGAGAUCUUCCUUGACCUCCAGCACCCUUAUGUACACCCGGUGCUCGACAUCGACAUCAAGGUCUUGGCUGAACGCCCACACGUGGUGGUCGUGUCUCCGCUGAAUGAUGUUGGGUCACUCAAAGAUCUCAUAUACCAUAGCAAGUACAACGAAGACUGGCAGGAGAAGUACCGUCCGCAUGGGACGGGCCUCCCACAGGAUCAGGUGCAGCGUCUGGCCAAGCAGAUAGUUGAGGGCCUGCUUUUUCUACACGAGAAGGACUUCCCGGCAUUCUACAACCUACACCUGGGCAACGUCAUCCUUCAGAAUGGCGUGGCCAGGCUCACAGGCCUGGAGAAUGUCCUGCUGGGCUAUGUGCCCAGGGUCUCAGCAUUCAUCCGCAAGCGCAUUUGCGAAGACAAGGAGGUCGUCGACGCCGUCUGCUUUGGUCAUGCUCUGUUUGAAAUGGCUGCCGGUUACGAAAUGUCCACAACGAAGCCUACAGACAAAAACUAUGCCGAUGUUGAACACUGCCCCGAAGUGUAUCAGGUGUUGAGGUUCAUCUUUGAGAAUGAAAAUCACCACUAUCCAACUCUAGAAGAGGUUGCCACGCUGGAUUUCUUUCGCAAUAUCGACCUACGCGAGCUCACAACUCACACUGUGCCUCCCAUCCUAAGGACCAACCUGAGCUCAACUGCCAAACACCUCCUACGAGAUGUUCAAAAGUUCUAUCGCAAUAAAGGAAAACUCAAGACGUCGCGAUCUAUAUCGGUGUCUUCAUGUGAUGGCGGAGAGUCUUCUGACAGCGAAAAAGCAGGCCUGUUGCCGCGAGGCAUUCGGGCCAAGCGGCGGCCGCCGUUGAGUCCCAGCCACGCACCACUGGUGCUCAAGAAACCCUGUCCGCCGCCACCGUGUUCCUCCGAGCUGCUGACUCCGCUUGCCGGCUCCUCUUCUUCUCCGCCUCCGGAGUUUUCUUCGUCCCCUCCGCAGGCGGAGACUCCGCCUCCCGAGGGCACAUCAACGUGCCCGCCCUCAAAAGCCUCGGACACGUCUCCCGUCGACACCGAGGCCACAUCUCCUCUCGGGCCGGUGGCCACGACCGCUCCUCAGAAUGACGCCGGCGUCACGGUCGCCACCUUUGUGACGCCUCUCGUCGAGACCCCGCCUCCCAGGGUUCCGCCCCGUCCGCCUGUAUGGGUCCAGUCGCAGUCCAGCGUGAGCACUUGCGGCUCGGUCGAAUUUUGCACGCCGCCGUCCAGUCCGCAAAUUGACGGUGCCGAGUGGUGUAGUUCGGAGUGCAUUACGUGAUCCUCUGUGCCAUAACUACGUAGUUAAAGCAAUUCAAAGCAGUUUUCUAAUUCUUCUUGCACACUGAGGUCACAUCUGCGAAUGAUGGUGCUUAGUUACUGUUGCAGGAAAGUAUAUAUGCAGUCUUCACAUGGGCCUUGCUGUCAUAUAGUGGCACGUUGAGUGCAAUUAACAGUUGGCCUUGGUUUCAAUGUAGACUCGAGCUGACACUCAUUCAUCCCUGAAGUACACAUGGGAUGAGCACGGGCCAAAGAUGGUGCACUUAUCUGUACAGUCAUCACCAGUCCAAUGCCACAGCUGAAAUUGCACACACACACACACACACACUUGUGCCUCUGCUGUACGAUAUUACUGUGGUCUGAACUUUCUGCAUCAAUUAAAGGGGCCCUGCAGCGUGUUGUAUGAAACGCACGGAAUGUGUGCGGCAUCAAUCAAAAGGCACCUUCUAACGAAUCGUCUUGAACAAAGGGUCCUUUAAUGCGCCUUGUAUGGGUGGAGCUGUCGGCAGUCGUAAUGCUGCUGCUACCACACCCUCACGACCUUUUUCUCCUUUUCGUCGUUCGAACUAUGCUCAAAUCGAGCCGCUAUGCUGAUGCAGAAUCAUGCCCUCUGUGCUUCACCCAUGAACAUGCCAAGCAUUUGUAUCAACGUGACCUCAAGAUUAUGUCGCGUAACCCUCCAUAGCGCUGCCCUGUCUUGGAGGACACAGUGUCAGCACAGUGGCAUCGUUCUUCUCCCCCAGGUGACGCCACUAGUGUAUUGGUGGUGCAAUCUUUUCUGCUUUUGCCUCUGCCAGAAGUACUGCAGAUUCAUAAUGUCUAACAAAAUCUGGGCAAUGAACAUCACUUCUAAAUUUCUGUAGGAAUACACAUGAAAGUGGUGGAGAUUCUAGAAAGCUAGAGGAAAUAGCAGGUGGGGGUCAUUUGGACGAAAUUGUAGACUCUCUGCUACAAGUAGAGGAAUAACAUAGUCGGACGUGAUUUAAAAAAGUCACAUCCAACACAAAAAUACCUUUGUUAUAUGUGAUAUUUGUUAUAAGUAUAUACUGCUUACAUGCUGAUAUCGGCAAUAAACAUUGUAGAUAAUUCGUUAUAUUCAUGUUCAUUAUGUUGAGAUUCUACUGUACUGUAUAGGCCCGAAGGUUCAUGAUAGUAUUGUACAGUGAACAAGACUGCUGGGUUAAAAAAGUGUUGCAGAUGCCUUCAAACAACCAAAAAUGCUAACGAAAAUCUCUCAACUCGUCUCUUCAGAGACGGUGGCGUCAGCCAUUUCUUUUUCAAAGUGCAUUACACACUGGCAACUCAAAGCAAGCAGUCCUUGUCACCAAGCUUGCAGCUUUGCAGUUGAUUGGUGCGGGCGACUUUGUCAGACAGAAAGAUUUGUAUGAACUUUGAGUUUCUGUACAAUAGCGAAGUUGCAUUGAAGACGAAGGUUACGGCUUCGCUCGCACUCUAGAGGAAGUAUCACGCUUUGGAUUAACGUUAAUGCAAAUGCCAACAUUUUGACUGGGACCUUGUCAGAACGAUGAUGCCAGUCACACUUCUGUGCCUGUAAUUUUGAGAAAGCCUAGUCUGGUUGGCAGCCCUUGCAUAGUCCCUGAUUUUGUAGUCGGCAGUUCAGAUGCUUGGCACUUAGUAGGGAAUGUAGCUAUGAGAAACCUUUAUUCAGGUUUCUAUACAAAGUAAUAAGAAGUUGGCACCUUUCUCAGAGGGUCUGCAGCGUUGCUGACAUAUAUAGAGGGUUCACUGGAAGAUGACUUGGAGUGGCCAGUAGUGAGCGAACUACGGAGGCCUCAGCUUGGAGCCAACAUCUAAACAGGGGGAUUUGCCGUCGUAGGUUGGCAGAGUGAGCGGAUACUCACUCGCUCAGAAAUAUUUUUGCAGGUUAUGCACUCGCUCACACUCACUCACCAAUGCUCACACAUGCUCAUAGUCACUUCCAUUCACACUUACCAACACCCACUCAUGCUCAUACUAGUGUCCACUCACUGGCAGUUGCUCACAUACAUACUCACGUCUGCUCACACUCGCCGACAGCCACUCAGGUUCAUACUUCCGUCCACUCAAAGUCACCAUCACUGACCUUUUUUUUUUUUACUUACGUUAUGCGGCACUCACCCCCCUUCCUACUCGAGUUCACUCAAAGUCGCCACUCACUAAUGCUCUAUCGCUCACCUAUGAAAUGAGUGUACAGCAAGUAUGAAUUAGUGUACUCGUGAGUGAGUGUGCCGACCUAUGCUUGUCUUCACCGGGGCCCUGACCAAAACAAGUAUCCCUUGUCAAAAUGUUGGCUCUGGGCUGAAGCUUCUCUUGUUGGCCUGCUGUUGAUCAUGACAGCACAUGUGUCACUGGCUCCUUCUUUAUUGUCACUUGGGGUGUCAAUCUGUGGACUUGUGCCCGCAUUUAUUGAGCGCUGAAUUGUUCAUCGAAUGUAGCAACUUUCCUGCGCAGUGCAAGGUAUCGCACUUGUGUGUGAGAAGGCCCUGUGUUCUUUCAGUGCAUGUAAUCAUGUUUCUCGGGAAAGAUGGACUCGUAGUGUUUCUGAUGUCAUCGGAGUGGAUGUUAAAAAUUCUCGUCGUGGGUGGCUAUUUGAAUGACCUACUUUGAUGUCUCCAAGUGCCCGUGAACACUUUAGCCAGGGAAUUGAGAUUGUCAUCACUGUCAGGGCCGGUCUGCUUUUCCAGUGGCGUGGAAACAACUGUAAGGUGGGCUGUGACUUUCCAGAAAGUUCGAAUGAAUUGUGGUAUCUGUAUGGGAGUAUCUUUCUUUUUUCGUUUAUACUACUGUCACUGAAAGCUGCAAAAUUUUUGCAGUCCUUACUCGGCCAGUCUUUUGGAAGGAAAGCACACUUAUUCAAAGUGUGACUCCGGAGGUAGCAUAAUUAAGUGCCAAAAUAAAGUUAUGUCAGCUUUGGCAGCACUGACAUUAUGAAAGAAAAAAUAAUUUAAGAACAGUUGCACAAUUGAGAAAUUCCACUUGCCUGCCUUUUGGAACAACAUGCGUGGCUUGAUAGCCUUUUAUGAAUGCACGACUCUUGGAACUCUGGCCCUUUGUUUAGAUGGUAUCUCUAUCACUCUCUGUUUGCAUCAGUUUUUGCUGCUGCUGUUUGUUUUUGCUACAGGUUGCUAACCUGCUACUGAAACAAGAUUAGGUUCUACAGAAGUCAUUAACAUAGCGCUAAAAAGAGGUAACUGUUCUACAAUGAUCACACAUUGGUUGAACUUCAUUUAUUGUGACUAAUUCAGUCAUAGAUCGUGAUAAGUACAGCUUCGUGUAGAACCUUCAACUGUCUGUGGUAAUAGUCGUGUCUAUAUUGAAUUGCUUCUGGUAGGAGUCAAGUUAAAAGUAAUCACUCUUCAGAUUAGGUUACUAAACUUUGAGUAGCCCCACACUUUGUAUCAUAUUUUGUGAGAGUGAACCCACAAGAGUGACACAUGAAAGAAAACGUGCACUACUUACUCUUAAAGAGCUGGCCUGCGGAAACCAAGUAGUUAACUAGUUGAGUUGGUGCUUCUUUGCAGAGAGGAUUCCAGAGUAUCAAGGAAGUUUCUGGACAGUGCUUUGUCUCGUGCUGACACUUCUGCUGAGUCAUGUUAGUCUGAUAUUCUGUCCUUGGUUCAGGCGAGUCGGAACUGCUGACGCUUUUAAGAGCCAUUUACGUUGUUAUUCCAAUGAGAACUUCAAAGCCAUUAUUAAGCUCAAAAAUUUAGAGCAGCUGAGUUGCACCCUUCAUUAGCCCACUUCAAAGGAAGUAGCCAAAGUGUUGAGCAAAUAACUUGCUUGUAGUACAGUUGUAAAAUGUCAAGGCUUUGCAUGUUAUGCCUUUGGCAACCUGUUAUGCCUAUGCAGUAAGGCUUGCGUGCACUUCGAUGACAACGGAAUUCACUCAUACAGUCUUUAUGUAAAGCCAUGCUUCAACAGAACUCCUCAGUGGACUUGAAAUUGAUGGCAGGUUGAAUGGUAAAGCAGUAUGCUUGAGAAGAACUGAUAGUUGGGCUAGUUGGAGCACAACUUCUUUCAGUGAGUUUAGUGCGAAGCAGAUGACCACACAUUCAAAGACACACAAUUAAGACAAGCGCUCUUAGAGCUCAUCUCGUGUUUUUUGUAUAUCUGGUCCUUUGCUUCACAAUAAAGCUAUUGUAGAUAAAGCAGGGUUGAAGCAUGUCUAAAUGUUGUUGCAGUUUUUUUUCUGUAGUAUCUCGUUAUAAUGAAGUCACAUCUCGUAUGAAAGUGCCUUCGUUAUAUCCAAUAUUCGUUAUAAGUGUAUGCGCUGAUAAAAUUAUAAAUAUAUUGGGUCUAUGCGAAAUAAACACAAACGUGGUGCCUCCCACAGGCCAGCCACAGGCCAGGAUUUUGACAGUUCACCAGCGACUUGCCAGGCCAAUGUGUGGCACCUCAACAACUUUAAAUUAUAAACGUGCUUCACACCGUCAUUAAUAUGCAAACGUGUGAUACGAUCUUGUUGGCUUGCCAGCUGCAGGCCAGCCAAGCCAAGCUGCAAGCUAAAACAUUCACGUGCAUUCAGAACUUGCCAUUUAAAGUUGCUCUUGCUCAGUAUUUGACAUUUUCGCUACCGGACUAAAUAUUUUUAGCUGCAAGAGAACAAAUAUUCGCUUUGCUGUAACCGAUAUUGUCUUGGGUCUUGCAUUUUCGCUUUCGUUUUGGCAGUAGAAUACUCAUUUAAAUAAGGCAUGGCCAACCAAAUUUUAGGUUUACCUCAAACCAAAUUUUAGGUUUACCUCAUUAUGUAUCUAAGUUAGUUACAUCAUGGUUCAAUCCAAAGAUGAACUGCGGGCAUGCCGAAAGCAAUGCAGAGGCUUUUGCAGAUAAGCUAAAGGCAGUAGGAGGUAAGCAGAAGCUUGCCAAAUGAAUUAAAAAGAAAGCACUGUGGCCAGGUUACAGAAAGUUUUGAAGUGCUGUUGGCUAUUGUCUGUCCAUACCACAGCUGCAAAUUUAUUUCCCGGAGGCACACAGGGCGGCGCUCCGCUUUCUGAAGUGGAAUUGUUGGUGGUGGUGCAGCUUUGCAAGUGUGGGCCACAUCUGUAAGGGAAGAACAACUCCAUCCUCCAUAAGCACAGGAAAUGUUUUCUUGUUUUUUUCAAUUUCCACACAGAAAUGUCUGGACUAUAACUGCAGUGAAGGACGUCCUCUGGGGUGUCAAUUCAUGACUGUAGAGGACUGAUGCGAUUUUUCGGUGCUAAACUUGUGGCUUCCUUUAACAUCAGCCACAGACAUUGAAGAUAAGUACGUACAGUGUGGUCCAAUGUUGAAGGGAACGCCUGAGCGUAGAGCACAUUCCUUCUGGCAAGUGUACUGUCACCCGACUUUGCAGAAGGUUACUUGUGGUUAGGUGGAACUCGAGCCUUUCUACACACCUAUGCAGUGCAGUGACAUAGCUUCAGCUGGCACUCGCAGCUAGAGGGCCAGUGAAGUGAUAGCCACUCGCUAGUGUGUUCCUUUUACCAGUGGACUGCACUGUGCAGUGUAUGGUAUUCUUGGAGGUAGUACUGUAGAACCAGCUCUAUGCAUUCGCAGAUUGUGUGACUUCCCUUGUUUGAACAUUUACACCAGUGAACAUGUAAAAUGACUUAUUCUGAUUUCGAAGUUUCCCAGAUCGUCGUUUUCUUUCUGUCAAUUUUUUUCUUCUCCCAAAACGUAUCGACAACAUUUAUACGAUAUAUAUUGAACCUACAUUUCAGCUCUUUCCCUAAAGUGAUCAGUGUGGCCUGUUAGCCAAGCAUCUAUGAAAGACUAGUUAGCAGACUUUUGUAUCUAGCCUUAGCUGCGGUCAGUGCUGGAAAACUUAUUCAAGGUGCCUCCCCCUCCAAGAUGCGUUGUGUGUUGUUGACAUUCUGGAAGCCGAAGCGCUCAGAUUGGGAGAUUUUGGGAGCUGCUGUCCUCACAUUCCAUCCUUACUGAGCAAGUGAAUCAUUCUGGAGCUGUUGUUGGAGGUCACUCCGUGUGGGUGUGUUUUAUUAAUGGGCAGGCGUUUGCUUCCGAAUCCGGAAACCGCAAACACAUUUUCAUGGCGCAACAUAACUUAUGUGUGAUAGUGCCGUGUGUUUGCCAUCACAGGUGGCACGGUUUCGUGUUCUGAUAUCUGAGAUUCCUACAAAAAUUUCUAGAGGAAACUCUUGGCCCUGCCAUUGUUUGUCUACUAUGGGAAUGAUGUUUAGUGCAUGUAUUUGUCUAGUAAUCAUGCUUUUGGAUUCCGACAUUCUUUUGGUAUUAUUUAUUGCACUCUAUCUUAUUUAAAUUUCCAAGCAGUUAUAUUUUUAUUUAAAUACAUGAAGGCAAUAGGUUUUUGCGCACAUGUAUGAUCAUUGCAAAUUACUGAAUUUAUAAUGCAGUGUAUUUUGUUGAAAAUGAUUGAUUUGCAAUGUCAUGAAACCGUUUUAAGCCAGAAAGAUGAAACUUGGGUAAACCUACGUACUACUCACACUCCCUUGCCUACUGAACCACCGCACUUACAGCUUCUAAUGACACAGCACCAGAACACUCUCUAGUAUUUUUUGUAGUAAACUCGACAUCUGUAUGUGCGACUCAACACAUAUACUUUGCCUUGUACACUUUUGCUGCUCAUAUAUUCUGUGUCAAAGGAGUCCUGAUGAGAGAAAUCAUAGUCAAGCUGUCCUUAGGAUUCAGUAUCCACGUUUCAAACGUUGCUGUUGCAUUAAAACGUGCUUAUUUGAUUUCGUAGAUUGUGUAGACUGGUCAGCGCGAGAAUCCAUGUGCUGACGUAACGACUCACGGAAGUCUGUGAAAUAGUGAGACGUGCACAUUUUCAUGGCAUCUUCCAUUCAUGGAAGUAGUUGACGAAAAAUUGUGCACUAAUCUGGGUAUUAAUAGGCUGUAAGACUGCAGAAGCACCCUGUGCCCCCAGUAAUCAGAAUUGUCGGAUGACCUGCAACACAUGAAACAUGCUAAGCGAGAUUCCAUUACAGUGAAAAACACAGCUCAACCGAGAAUGUGACAUCACGCGGCAUCACACUCUCCUGGUGAUCAGAGCUGAAACCUAUUUUUGCAAACACUGUCAGAAUUACCAUAGCUUCUUGCAUCGCAUUGAUUUGGUGGUGGAGGUUUUGUGUCACAGCUACGUCUGACAAAUUGUAAGGGCACCCAAAGGAUAAUUGUCAGGACUCCUUUGGCAUGGACCAGUUUGUUGCACUGACGUUGCUGUGCUUUCCGUACCACAAGUGAUCUUAGAACUGUUCUAUGCAUUACUGCAUAUUGCCGGGGUGCAGCUGUAGGCUGCACCCCGGCAUGUACUAGUAUCAGACAUGUACUAGUAUCAGCAUAAAUUCAGACGCAAACAACUCUGAAACUACUCCGUUGUGUUGUUUUGUUUCCGGGUUCAUCUACAUUUGUGGCUUAAUUCGAAUUCCAAAUUGUACAUUUGCAGCUACUCUCGGCUUAGAAACCUGCUACAGAGCAAUUAGACGUCACACUUCCAUGUAAUUACGCUUAACAGGCAUUCUGAUCAGUUAUUUUGAGUUCGCAUUUCAAUAUAUGCUGAUGGUACAGUACUGUCCUCUUUAAAGUGAACGUCCAGCAGGUAUUCAAGCAAAUAUAACUGAUACACAUCUAGUUUAUCAAGAGGAAAAAGAAAAAAACAAAAAAAACGGCUGAUAGGACAUAUUCGGCUGACAUCUAAGCACUAAAAUAUAGUCUGCAUGCCUUCACGUUAUAAUUCAACUGUAGUUCACAGCCAAGUACUAUGUGGAUGUUCCAUUUAACAAUGGGCUAGACUGUACAGCUGUGCUUUGAAGCCACAGAGUUCAAGGGAGCCAUGAGUUAGUGCACCCUUGAUAACUAUCAGUGGAUUAAUUGUGAUCUUCAUUUUUUUUCUUCUUCUUUUUGUCCAGGCAGUUCACAAGUUCAGGCUUUAUUCACUUAAGAGCUUGGCUGUAUCUGCUGUGCACAUUUGCCUUUUACACAAAUGAGCCCUUUGUAUGUUGCUGCAGAAUGUUAUGCAUGGAAGGUUACGAAAGGACAGUGUUGGGUUGGGAUAGAAUGGUAGACUGCGCUUGUGAGACAGUGAAUUGAAUACUUUCACUGUGCUCCUGCUGCACAGCAUGAGGUCAAGGGUUCUAUUCGCAGCCGUCACUGCUGCAUUCCAAUAGGUGCAAAUGGCAGAAACACUCGCGCACUUAGAGUUAAUGCAGGUUUAAAAAAUGCUGAGUUGUCAGAAUGAAUCUGCAGCACUCCACUGCGAUGCAUCUCGUAGCCCCAUUGUUCCUUCUGGAUAUUAAAUGCCGCAAAUUAAUCAACUACUUUCAGUGAGAGCAGAAGCUUGAUGUGCCAGAAUAAGGCGCAAAAGUGAAAGACUGAUGGUGACAUUACUUUCCAACUCCCGAAGGAACUUCCUGACAUGUCACAAAUCCUGGAAAUGUUGGAGCUGUUGGAAAUGUUGAAGCUUGAUUAAAGCAAUUUGAUUGUUUAAUGCUCUAAAACAUUAUGAGCAUUCUGUAGUUCAACAGAAAAGCCGAACAGUUGUUCAGCUGAGACGCAAGCUGUGGUAAGGAGCCUUAAAAUGCAUUGUAAAUACAGCCCGCCAACCAAAAUCUCGAGGUUCGUUUGAAUUAUAUUGGAAGCCUGUAGUAGCCUACCAGUUUAGCCUCACCUAGCGCUUGUCCUUUGUGGCCCUUUAAGAUUUAAAUGCUUUGCCGUGCAACACUCAUUGCAUUCCUUUAGGCCUGAGCAUGGCUGUGAUAUUUGUAACCACGCGAAAUCUUGUGGUGGUUUGAGUGGCAGAGAAAGGUGCUGGCUUAAGUGAGAAACUGGAUGUGUUAACCUUAACUAGUACAGCUAACUUCUCGUGCAUUGCUGUAUGGAGCCGAUCUUCAAAGGUUGUGCAGAAUGCACCUUUAUAGCAAACCACUUUGGACCGAGCCAUCUGUAGUAAACUCUGGUUAUAACCAUGUGCCACUGAAAACUGUUGCAAACGACAUUGUUUUCUCCGAGGAUUGAAACAUGAGUUCAUGCACUGUUGACAAAUUGCAUGGAUUCACAAACAUUGAUAGCUAAACUAAUGUGAGUCGAAUGUGCCUGUUGAUGUAUGUGUAUUCAUAAGCCACCAAAGUGUGCAACCUGCAGCUGAAUUUUGUAACAAUUUUUUAAAUUCUGUUCUAUCAAUAUUGUAAUUCAUUGCACCAAGUCGCUGAUCCCUAUGACACCUUGCAUUAGCCAAUGAUAAAGUGCAGAUAGAUUGGAAAAUUGGAAAGAAUUGUUGCAAAAAUGUGGCCCCUGGAGAUGUCAGCUUUACACAACAUCUGAACUGUUGUGAAGCUUUCCCGCAGAGAUGUUGCGACACAUAUUAUUGGCGUACCAGCAGCUAGUGCUUAGAAUUUGGGUGCCGACAGGACAGUUGCUUCAUAUGGGUGGUGUAUUUCUGUUGUGUAAUAGCCCCGCCAAAGCUAGCUAUAGUCGUCUAUACUGUGAUUGGGCAAUGAAUUUGUGGGGCAUAUGGCUGAUCAAUAUGUCAAGCUUGUUGCUGUGGAUGUUGCAGGAACUCAAUCAAGACUUGCUGCAUGCUUGUGUUUACUCUAAGAAGAGUUGUCGGGAUGAGUUUCUGCAGCAGACUGUUACUUUCUGUAAGAAACACUGCACUGAAAUUAUUGUCACGGAACAAUGCCAGUAGAUGUUGUUAUGUCUAUGUUUUUCCUUGAAUUAUGUACACUGCAAGCAAGUUCUUCUUGCAUUGGUGGCACCAUCCAAAUAAGGGUGUGAUUGCAAUGUAAUGAGAUUACUGUCAAUAACUACCAAAAGGAAAUUUACCUGGGACCCAACCAAGUUUCCAGGCUUGUGAUGGAAGUGGACCAACACACUUGCUUUAAAAUCGUAACAAGUCUGGGAGAAACCUUUGUGGAGUGAAUAGAAAUGUUGAUCCUUUAGAUUGAACUGCAGUUUCCAGCACGUCAUUGCUUGGAGGCUACAACAGCAGAGCAUCGUUAGUUGAACAGACAUGCUCUGGUUUUAGAAAUACUGAAGGCCAAAACUAGUUCACUUCGCCCAUCGCCCGAAGCACAGCUAUUUCUACAGUUCUCUGCAAGCUCUCAAGUUCCGUGCGUCCAGACGUGCUUACUCCACCUGUAGUGUAGUUGAGUUAAAACACCUGUUCUAUGAAAUGACCUCUGUACAAUGUUUCAAUGCGCUCACCUUGCCUUGUCAGACAUAGUAGGGAAGUUUUUCCCAUAAUGAAGUGACCUGUAUAACAAACUUUUGCUGUUUUGCUUGUGUUUUGUUAUACAAGCAUUUCAAUGUAUGAUGCAGAAAGGAAAGUUGCUCCAAGAUUGGUGUGUUGCUGGCACCAGACAUUUUGUACUAAGCCUUUUUUUCAUCCUAUGUAGUGCACUCGUACUGGUACAGUGGAUAGAAUGCCACACUAUUUCCUUUACAAGGCCAUGCAGUGAGAUGUCUGUCUCACCCACAUGGUGUGCCCUGCAGAAUUCAUGGAAAUUCAUAGAAAGGUUCAUGGAAAUUGGCAAUUGCCAGUAAUCAGGGGCAAUACUCUCGAGCAAUGUCUUUCGGGAAUACUAUCAUCAUUGCAAGAUUUUGCUUGACUUGGCAUCGAAGAUGUUGAAAUAUGAGUUGCAUGAAAUCUCGCGAAAGUGAUCAAAUCCCCGAAAAUGAUCAUUCGCGAUGCGGCCGCAUUCCAGAAAAUAGCAGAACAGCAUGCUAUCGCUUCAGCCAUCCAAAAUGGGUGGUGUUUCGUUUUUCGCCACCAACUGAGCUUACACCUCUUUCUUGCACUGCUUUCUUAUUUAUUUUGUGUUUGCUGAUUUAUGCAAUUAAAAUCGGGCCUCAUUACAACGAAGUUGCAUCUGGCAAGCAUACACACUGACAGCAAAUUUUAGACUUUGUUAUAUCUGUAAUAGAGAGACCAGAGGCUGUCCCUCCGUAUGCAUGGUUUGGUUUGGUUUUUCUUUCUCACUCCCUAUGCUGACUUGUGCAUUUCAUCUUUACAUAACUAAUAAUUUGU